UAAUAAUAAAUGCCAGAAGACUGACAGGUAAAGUACUUAAUCAAUGCUUGGGCGGAGGCAAAGUUAAAUAAAUUGAUUGAGAUGUAGAUGGGUAGGAUUUUUAAAAUAGGUCAACUUCCAGUCUUUAUGAAUUUCAGAGCUUUGAACAACUUGAAACACUGCCCAGGAGUAACUGGAAAUUUCAACUACAUCUCUCGCAUCUCUUCAUCUCUUCUCCCUCAAUAUCUCCCAUUCUCUCUGCUUCUGCGCGCCCUGUCUCAGUCCUUCCAUGUUUCUCUGCCCCUCUCUUUCCUUGUCUGUUUCCCUGGCACUCAGACUCAAUCCUCUGUCUUUCUCUGUCUCCUCCACCUUGACCAAACACUGUUUAUCUCCUUUCCCCGUCUUUCUCUCACCGUCUCUCCUGCUCUCGUCUUGCCUUCCCCUCCUGCCUUCUCAUCCAGCAUCCAGCACAGAGCUUUAUACACAGUUGGAGCUUAAUAAUAGUGUGUUCAGUAACGUCAAUGAGGACAUUUACAUUUUGCAAGACUGAGCAUCAAUUCUGUUUGCUCUGAUCGGAGGAGGACUGUGAGCUGUUGGGUCAGGCUGAACGCUUAACUGAAUUUGUACUUGCACCGCAUAAGAGACCCUUCUGGGGGCACGUCAUGCGUUUGUCAGUCGUGAUUUAGCUGUGUGAUCCUACCCCCAGGACCUCAUGUGUGUGUGUGUGUGUGUCUGUGUGUGGCCAGAGUCCACAUCCAGGACCAGAGCGGGCUGUUCAGGACUAGGGCGAGCUUGUCUCUGUAGGCUUAGCAAGUGCUCUUAGUAUUUUUUUUAACCAGAUUAGAAUCAUGCUAUCUGUUGAUUUUGUUUCUGCUUUAUUCAAUUAAUAGGAGCAUGUUUGUAGAUCACUAAAAAUUGUUUCAACAUAUGAUCAUUCAUGGCUGUCAAGACUCCUCACAGUGGCAUGAACCAUGAUUGGUUCGAACCAAGUGCCGAUUAUUGGAUAUUCGGGUCGUUUCUAGUUUUUCCCCGUAAUCAUCCCUGCUUUGUUCCUUGGACUCCUGAAAAUGGAGUUGCUGGGGCAAAGGGUAUGUGCAUUUUUAAGGUUUCUGACCCUCUCUGCAAAUUGCUCUUCCAAAAGGUUGUCCUGUUUUAUGCUCCUUCUACUCAAGCUAACCCUGGGUGGGUAUUAUCAUUUUUUAAUCCCUUCUCAACAUAACAGGUAAGAAAAAAAUAUUACAUUGUGGAAACUUGAAUUCUUUGAUUACUUAUAUUGUUUAUUGACCAUAUGUGCUUUUUUUUAGUUGUCUGAUCAUGUCCUUAGUCCUAAUAAGGUGUUCAUAUUUUUUCUUAUUGAUUUGUCACAGCUCUUUAUUUAGAAAAGAUAUUAACCUUCCAUCAGCCAUACAUAUAUAGCAAAUAUUUUCCCCCAAUUCAUCAUUUGCUUUUUGUAUUUGUUUACGGUGUUUUGUGAUGCUUAUGAUGUUUUUAUAUAGUCAAAUAGGUUAGUCUUUUCUUCUGUGGUUACUGUCUCUGGUUUUGUGCUUAGAAAGUCUUUUCCCACUUGAAAAUGAGAUAAAUGUUCACCCCUGUUGGCUUCUGAUCUCUUUUAUGGCUUCAUUUUUUCCAUUUAGUGUAGAGGUUAAGAGUGUGGGUACUGGAGCCAGACUGUCUGGGACAAACCCAGCCUACCCCAAGCCAUCUGUGUGAUUUUUAGCCAGGCAUUUAACCUCUCUGUACCUCCAUUUCCUCAUAUGUACUGUGAUGCUUAUAAUAGUACCUACUUCAAAGGGUGGUUAUAAGGAUUAAAUCUAUUAACCAUGUUAAGUGCUUAGCAUAGGGCCUGGCAUACAAUAAACCCAAGAUCAGUAUUAGAUAUUAUUAUUUAUCUCUUUAAUAGAUCUGAAAUUUAUUUUAAGGUAUAUGAUGAUGGUGACAUUUCGAACUGGGCAGGGAGGGGUUGGUGGGAAAAUGGACUGAUUAUUCAUUCAAUAACUUUAUUUUUCCCUUAAUUAUCCCAGAAACAUUUGUUUAACACUCUAUCCUCCACCAUCCCCCAGUUUGAAAUGCCACAUUCAUCACAAACGCGAUUGAGCUUUCUAUUCUGCUCUGUCCCUCAGUGUCUGUUCUCGUACCAGGGCCACACUGCUUGGCUGAUUGUUGCUUUGCAAUACAAUGUAGUGCCCGUCUGCCAGCCAGCCGGCUGAGGCCCCAGGCAUCUUGCCCUUUGUCGUUCCUCGUUAUUUCAGGCAGCAUCAGUUCUUCCAGCCAAAGACCAUCGACUAUUCUUAUUUGGGGCCUCUCUGUCUCUCUGUCUCUCUCUGUCUCUCCCCCACCCUCCUCUCUACUUGUGGUGUUGUUUCUGUCUCUCUUGUUCUUUCUCUGUUUCCCUCAUCUCUGUCUCCCACUUUGUGUGUACUUCUAUGACUUUCUGCUCCUAUGAGUCCCUCUCCACCGCUCCCCCGUUACUCUGUCUCUCCUUCUCUCAGCGUCUCUCUCAUUCUCUUUGUCACUCUGUGUGUCUAUCUCUGUCCCACCUCAUGUCUAUCCCAUCCCUGUCUCUCUUGUUCUCUGUGUCUCUCUGUUCCCCUAUGUCUAUCUCUCUCUAUUUCUGUCUCUCUUUGACUCUAUGUAUCCCUGUCUCUCAGCCAGUCCCCUGGAUAGAGGGGCAGUUGUCAACUUGAAGCCCUGCAGACAUCUAACAACUCACCCAGACGCAGAGCCGAAGGGCCCUGGCCCUCAUCUACUCCACACCUCUCCCCUCCCCAGCGUACAAAGGGGCAAACUGAGGCCCAGAGAUGGAUGUGAGGGCCUCUCCCAAGGCCUCACAGAGAUACAGUGGCAGAGUUGAGACCCAAGCUCAGACCUGAGGAUUCUUGGUGGGACCCUGGCUCUGUCUCUCUCCCUGUUGUGGGCCUCAGUUUAUGCCUCAGGCCCCAUGAGGGAGGCUUCUGCCUUCUCACAGGUUGGACCCUCACUCGGGCAGGAGGAUCCACGGUCAUGGUGUGCAGCCCAGCCUCACAAGAGCUAGGCUGGGUGCGGUCCCAGGGCCCCAUGGGUUAGGAGGCCUCGUGGGCAGAGGGCAGUGAUACUGGAGGGACAUAAGUCAGUCAGUCUGGCUGUGGGUCUGGCUGUGGACAGAGCUCAGCUGUGUCCCCAGAGCUGGCAUUGGUCCCUGAAAACCUCUAUCCCAGGGCCCCUCCAGAGAGCCUGGUGGUGGGCUCUCUACCGGCAAAAGCCAGGGCUUUUCCUGCUCCCUGCCACGAGGCCCUAGCUGAAGGCACGCCAGCCUCUACCUCCCCGUGCUUCCCUCCCCAUCUCUGGCGGAGUGGCUGUGAGUUUGGGAAUAUUGUCCCAGAAUAGACAGGGAGACCGAGGCCCUGCAGGUGUCCAUUUGCCGAUCACUAGCGUUUUGCUAAGUGUCUCAUGUGCAUUAACUUUGGAAGAUGGGUACCAUUACAAUCCCAAUGCACAAAUGAGCCUGAGGAGAGUUGCAGCUAGUGAGUGGCAGAGCCUGCCCCCAGGGUGGAGAAAGUAGAAGGGUUCUGACCCUCCUGCCUUCACAGAACUUAUGAGGAAGGCUGAGGGCAGGCUUGCUGCAAUUCCAGGCCUGGUAGGCACGAGGCACUAUGAGUAGUGAGCCUCCAGUCCUUCAGGGAGUUCCAGUGAGUUUGGACACCAGGGACAUUGGCCUUCACUAGUGAGAAGUUGGACCCACGGGCCCCACAGAAUCUGUGGGUUUGAGAUUCUGGGAUCCUUUGAAUCUAAGAAAUAACGUUCUAUGAUUCUGAGCUUCUGGCCUAGUACAAUUUGAAGACCCUGAGGGUCCCAGUAUCUGUGGGGUCUGCAUGGCACUCCCUAAGCAUCAAACCUUGGGUAUCUCCAUGGCCCAAGAAGGGCCAGGUCUACAGGGCCCAGGGCUUGUCAUGGUGGCCAGAUGGACGUCACUCACCACAUCCGCCAGCACCCACAUCACCCCACCUGGGCCAAGCUGGCUGCAGGACGGGCCAGCCAAUUCUCGGAACGAAACCUGUGGGGUGGGGUGUCUGCCCCUUUCUCUUCCUCCUUGGUGCCGAUGAAGCCCAGCGCAUCCGGCCGCCAUGACGUCAAUGGCGGAAAAAUCUGGGGAAGUCGGGGGCUGUGACAACAGGGCCCAGAUGCAGACCCCGAUAGGAAAACACAAUCUGUGUCCCAGAAACAUCCUCCAUGCAGCUUCUGAGAAACAGUCAGAAAGGGACGCCCCAACAGACAGUGCAGGAAGCCGGCUGCCCAGCCCAGCCCUCCAGGUACCCCACCACCAGACAGACCAUAUCCACGUCCCCUUUCUGAGAAUGUAUCUGUGCUUCCCUGAGUCAGGCUGUUCCAGAUGUGUUUGGGGAGGACGUUUCUUAUAAGCUCUCGCCAAGUGUCCAGGCAGCUUCAGAAGUGACCACAGGCCAGACAUGUGGGCCAGGCUACAGUGAUGGAAAACAUCCACUCACUCACCCAAAUCCAUCUUACUUUACUCAGACCUCUGUAACAAAGUGCCACAAACCAGGGGGUUUAAACAACAGAAAUUUAUUGUCUCACAGUUCUGGAGGCCAGAAGUCCUAGAUCAAGAUGUCAGCAGGGCUGGUUUCUUCUAGUGCCACGAGAGAGAAUCUGUCCGUGCCUCUCCUAGCUUCUGAUGGUUUGCUGGCAAUCGGACGUUCCUUGGCUUGUAGAAGCAUCACCCCGGUCUCUACCUUCAUUCAUUCACUCACCUCCUCACAGUCACCGACAUUCUCUCAGGCCCUUGUUCUAAGCCUCCAUAGAUGCGGGCUCCCCCCCGAGAGACUGAGGUUAAUACCUGGAUUCUCACACCCUCCUCCCUCAGCACCACAGCUCUGACAACCCCAUGAGCUGCCAGCAAAGAAAGGAAGGAGCGUUGAUCCCCCAGAACCCUCCUUGUGCUCCCCCAGGCUGCUAUCAGCAGCUGUGUGUCCAACUCAGUGCAGUGGGGUGAGGUGGGGUGGGGAGUUACGCGCGCGCGCGCACACACACACAGCCCCAUAGCAGAUGGCUUGUGAAAUGUGCACACACGCACGCUUUCUGGGGAAAGAAGUGGAGCUCUCAAGUCACCAUGGGACUGUGCAGCUGGAUGUUCCCUUCAAUAAAAUGGAGGUUGGAUUAGGCAGUACCUUCCAUCUCUAGCUGGGGAUUACAGGAUUCGGAGAAAGCGAAGCCCUGCCCAAUGGGGAGUGUAAGGUUCUGGGGCUCAGCAGAGGGGCCUGGAGCCAUUAUGGAGGGCUGUCUGGAUAGGGGAAGAGGAAGAGCAGGCAUUCCAGGCAGGGCAAAUAGCAUGAGCAAAUAGCAUGAGUCAGGCCUGGGGAGCAGAGAUUGGGGUGAACUCUGGUGUAGGCUGAGUCGAGGAGCUCCCACAGGCCCUGGCUCAAGAGCCUGUCUCUCUUCCUCUCUGGCACCUGCCAUGCCAGCUCUGUGCAGGGCAGGAGCCCAGCAAUGAGCAGACCCUGCCCCCAUCUGAGCUCCCGACUCCUGCACUCAGCUGCCCACUUGGCAUUUCCAACCGCAUGUUUAACACCAGACUCUUCAUGUCCCUCUGCAUGUGGAUCAUCACGCCCAACUCUGCUCCCCCCAUCUCCCCCAUCUCAGGUAAUGUCAGCUCUGUCCUUCCAGCUGUUCAGGCUAAUACCCAAAAGUCACCUUGACCCUCCCUCUCUCACCCCCCACAUCCAAGCUGCCAGCAAAUUCUCCUCCACCUUCAAAACACUCAGAAUCCACCCGCUUCUCACCACCUCCACUGCCGCCAUCCUGGUCUGUGCCACCACCGUCGCUUGCCUGGACUGUUGCGUAGUGUCCUCACUAGUACCCCAGCUCCUGCCCUCGCCCUCCUAGAGUCUGUCCUGCUCACGGCAGCCCAAGGGAACUUUUGAGUCCAUGCCCCUCUCCACUCCCAGAUAUGCCCAAGUCACUGAGGUAAAAGACUGCCACCAGGAGAGUCAGAGACCAGCCCCAGCAGAAUCAGCAAAGGUUGUGUGGCCCGUGCAGGGUACAGGGAGGACCAGAUGGCUGAGGCUUGGAGACAAGCCUCAAGUGGUGGGGGAGAAGAGCUGAGACCCGCUCUGGCUGAGGCCGUGCACACCACCCUGAAUUCCCGACUGCCCUCAUGGAGGACACAUCCCACUAGGGCUGGACCCGCAUGCGCAGGCAAGCCAUGUGCUGGACCCGUGCACGUCUCCACGUGGGGCAUGCAUGGAGAAACACGCAUCCCUGUAUUCCUGACACCAAUGUGUGUGUGUGCAGGACUCGAGCUGGGGGUCCAGCUGUGGGGCCCUUUGGGACAUGCCCCAGCCAAUGCCUGCUCUGAUCAGAGGGGGUAUCCAAGUGGUUGAGUAUUUCUCACCCCUCCCCCAGCACAUGUGUAACUCCUUCCCCUUAUGUCCCCACAGCCUGCCCUCGGACAAGGACCCAAUGCCCAACUCCAGGCCAGCCAAGCCCUCAGCCCCUUCCUUGGCGCUCGGCCCAUCCCCAGGAACUUCGCCCAGCUGGAGAGCUGCACCAAAGGCCUCGGACCUGCUGGGGGCCAAGGGCCCAGGGGCAGCCUUCCAGGGUCGGGACCUCCGAGGUGGGGCCCAUGCCUCCUCCUCCUUGAACCCUGUGCCACCAUCGCAGCUGCAGCUGCCCACAGUGCCUCUAGUCAUGGUGGCACCCUCCGGAGCACGGCUGGGUCCCUCACCCCACUUGCAGGCACUCCUCCAGGACAGGCCACACUUCAUGCACCAGCUCUCAACGGUGGACACCCAUGCCCGGACCCCAGUGCUGCAGGUGCGCCCACUGGACAGCCCAGCUAUGAUCAGCCUUCCACCACCCACUGCUGCCACCGGGGUCUUCUCCCUCAAGGCCCGGCCCGGCCUGCCACCUGGGAUCAACGUGGCCAGUGUGGAAUGGGUGUCCAGGGAACCAGCACUGCUCUGCACCUUCCCAAGCCCCAGUGCACCCAGGAAAGACAGCACCCUUUCGACCAUGCCCCAGGGCUCUUACUCACUGCUGGCAAAUGGCGUCUGCAAGUGGCCUGGAUGCGAGAAGGUCUUCGAGGAGCCAGAGGACUUCCUCAAGCACUGCCAGGCGGACCAUCUCCUGGAUGAGAAGGGCAGGGCGCAGUGUCUCCUCCAGAGGGAGGUGGUGCAGUCUCUGGAGCAGCAGCUGGUGCUGGAGAAGGAGAAGCUGGGCGCUAUGCAGGCCCACCUGGCUGGGAAGAUGGCCCUGACCAAGGCUCCGUCUGCGGCAUCAUCUGACAAGGGCUCCUGCCGCCUCGCAGCCACUGGCACUCCGGGCACCGCUGUCCCAGCCUGGCCCAGCCCCCAGGAGGCCCCAGAUGGCCUGUUUGCUGUGCGGAGGCACCUCUGGGGCAGCCACGGAAACAGCACAUUCCCGGCAGAGUUCUUCCACAACAUGGACUACUUCAAGUUCCACAACAUGCGGCCCCCUUUCACCUAUGCCACUCUCAUCCGCUGGGCCAUCCUGGAGGCUCCUGAGAAGCAGCGGACACUCAACGAGAUCUAUCACUGGUUCACACGCAUGUUCGCCUUCUUCAGAAACCACCCUGCCACCUGGAAGAAUGCCAUCCGCCACAACCUGAGCCUGCACAAGUGCUUCGUGCGGGUGGAGAGUGAGAAGGGGGCUGUGUGGACCGUGGAUGAGUUCGAGUUCCGCAAGAAGAGGAGCCAGAGGCCCAGCAGGUGUUCCAACCCCACACCUGGCCCCUGACCUCGAAACCAAGGAAAGAAGGAAGGAAGGACAGGGGCCAAAUUGGGGGAUGGAAGUGGCAGGGGGCAGGGGUGAUAGGCCCUGGACCUGCCCGCAGGGACCAAGAAGUGAGGUGCACACUGUCUUGCCUGCCGGGGACCCCGCUCCCCAGCUGACCACCCUCCUGGAUCAUAUGCUCUGCACCAAGGCUGCUCAGAGGGGCCCCAGCCCUACACCCCUGGCCCAGCCUCCUGCGAUGGGCUCUCCAGCCAAAAUGAGCUUUCACAACCAACCACACACACAGCCUGCCUCAGUCACUCUCACAGAUGAUCUUGGGGCUGGAAAAGACACACAGAUGGUCACAAUCCUGUCGCUUGGACUCAAUACAAACUCCAAAACACAAAGAGCCUGCCUUGGUACACUCAGAUGACCUCAAAUCUGCAUAAUCACACAGACAAUCAUGCCUGAACACAGUCUUGUCAACCUACAUACCCCAAAGCACACACCCCCAGCCAGCCUCUGGGCCCACAGGUGCAGUGUCACACAGGCCAUGCCCAGACACCCGUGCAGAAGCAGCCUCAGUACCUACAGGAUCUCAGGUCCCAGAAAGCCAUGCAGACACAUACCAGUCACGCACAGUCUCACGCAGCUCCUAACACAUAUGCUCAGUCACACGGCCCUUGAGAACUCACCUGUGCAUCUUGCACACACGCACACCCACACAGCGCCCCAGCGGGUCUCCUGAGUCCCACACGGACAUGCAUGGCCACACACACUGACUCACCAAAAUGUACCGAGGCUCAAACGCCACCCA